AUGGCCCAUCUGCUACGCGGGAAGCAAGCCGGUAUUCAGAAUGAUCUCAGUGCUGGCUUGACCAACGACCUAUUUGUCCUCGACGAUCUUGCUAGAUUUGGUGUAAACUCUCAGAUUUCCUGUCUUGCAUACGAUCCAGUGCAAUCACUAUUAGCUGUCGGAACCAAAAACUCGCAGUUUGGCCAAGGACAGCUCUACAUAUUCGGCCGCGGACGUAUCCAGGCAAUCUUCACUCUCGCAUCAAGAGGCGCCAGCGUAACGACAAUCCAGUUCUGUGCAGAGAGACUCGUGGUCGUAGAUUCGAAGAACGAUGUCUCCUUUUACUCCCUCGAGCGAAAACGUCUGGUCGGCUCCCAUUCGCCGCCUGGUGCAAUCAGUACGAUCUGCACAGAUGUCAUGCUUGACUAUGCCCUCAUCGGGUUACAGAGCGGUGAUAUCUUAGCAUAUGAUCUAGAUCGUGAAGCUUUGGCGCCUUUCCGUAUCCCUAACCUCUGGAUGGAAAUGGAGCCACGAGCGCGGGUUUCGAGUGUCGUUGCAUUGCAGUUUCACCCGCGUGAUAUCGGGACAUUGCUCGUCGGUUAUACUCACGGUGCAGUCAUAUACAGCUUCAAAUUGAACAAGGCCUUGCGAUUUUUCCGUUACGAGGUCCCUCGAGGGGCCCCCGGUGGUGAUGGAGAUCCUUCUGCUGUGAACGUGAUCCGGCGACCAAAGCUUACACAAGCAGUUUGGCAUCCUACUGGAACUUUCAUCUUGACAGGCUACGACGACAGUUCGAUGGUUUUCUGGGACACGAUCAAGGAUGGACGCAUGCUAAUGGCGAGGACUUUGGACAACGUCAACAUUGCGACUCCGGGGGCCAGCAGCAUAGAACUUGGACGAGGUGCUCAGAGUAUGGCGGUGAACUUGCCUCUGUUCAAGAUAUCCUGGUGCGUAAACCAACAAGACACAGAAGAUACCGCGCUUCUUAUAGCUGGCGGGCUUUCAUCACAAGCUCCGACUCACGGCUUGAGUCUGCUCGAACUUGGUCGUACGCCCGUAUAUGCAACAAGCUCAUGGGAGGGCCUUGUUGCAUACUUUCAGACACCGAAACGGCAAAGAAUACUGCCCACUCCGCCUGGUGCUGAAGUGGUAGACUACUGCCUCAUCCCGCGGACUUCACCACAUUUUGCGGGAGCUCACGAUCCCAUCGCGAUCAUCGCUCUCCUCGCUUCCGGAGAGCUUUUAACCCUCUCGUUCCCGUCAGGACAUCCUAUCACGCCGACAAACCAAUUGCAUCCCUCUUUGUCAUGUGUGCAUCCUUUCGUCAAAAUCAUCAAUUCCACGCAGAUAGAACGAGAGAAGUGGUUGGGGCUACAAGAGCGACGCCAGCAGGGACCUCGGAUCUUGCAAGGCGGCUGCGAGGUACCGCACCCAUUGCGGCGAUAUGAGGCUCGCAGCAUCGUACAGACUGUACACGCGGAUGGUACAAUUCGCUUGUGGGAUAUGGGCUACGGCGAUGAAAUCGAGAACAACAAAGUCUUGCAGGUUGAUGUCGGCCGUGCCGUAGGUCAUCUCGACAAUCUCGACAUCACAGCAGUGUCUUUCGCGGGAUCGAGUGUCGAACUGGCUGUGGGACUUCGUAGCGGCGAGUUUGCUAUCUUUCGCUGGAGCGUGAUUAGAGAGGCCGGCCGCGACACAAAAAUAUCACAGCCAAACCAACCAGGCAAGCUUACGAGCAUCGUCGAUCGUGUGGAUCCGUCCCUGCACGAAGGAUUGGCGCCGUUCACUUUGUUUGAUGCUCAAGACGGACCUGUCACUGCAGUAUGCAUGAGUGAAGUAGGGUUUGCUGCUGCCGGAUUUCAAGGUGGCAGCAUUGUUUUGAUUGACCUUCGCGGCCCGGCCGUUAUUCUCAAGACUUCCGUCCAAGACUUGGGCAAAGGCCACAGGAGCGGCGGUUUAUUGAGGCAUAGCAGUAACACGGCGGAUUCAAGCAAGGCUGAAUACGUUACCAAGAUCGAAUUCAGCAUCAUGAUGCUUGAGAACGAAGAUUACAGCUCUAUCUCACUUCAUGUUGGAACAAACUUGGGCCGCCUGGCAACCUUCAAGAUCAUCCCCGAUCCGAGCGGUCGCUAUACGACACAAUAUGCAGGACAAAGCUCUCUGUCUGACAGUCGAAUCCUAUACAUCGCUCCCAUCAAUGCCGACACAGGCAAGGUCGCAUCUGCGAAUCCUGGCGCUAUGGGUGCGCUCGCUUCAGGUCUCCGCGUCAAUGGCGCUUUGCUCGUAGUCUCGGCAACGUCAAUCAAUAUCUUCCGUCCGGCGAAUUCUCGUGGUGCUCAUCGGUCUUUCGAUGGCGUCUUUUGCGAUUGCGCAAGCUUGGUCCAGUAUCAGGUAGAUGCUCGAGGAUCUGCUUUACUCACGCUCUGUGGCGAUGGUUCUGCUCGCAUAUUUGCUCUCCCCUCGCUCCGAGAACUCAAAAAUAUCCCGCUUUCACCAUCACCUUCGAAUCCAGCCAGCCUGCCCUCCAUUGAUCCUCGACGUCUUCCUAGCGCCUCAAUAACCACUACAGGUAACAUUAUUGCCUUCACCGGCCCGUCUGAGAUAGUCCUGCUGUCGCUCUGGGGUACUGGCACGCCGUUACCUCCCGUCACCAAAGACAGUCUAUUCAAUCCUGAAGCGGUCAUCCCUGCCCGACCCACAAUCUCAUCUCUUCAAUGGGUGACUGGCACACAAUAUGUCACUCCUUUAGACAUGGAUAUCCUGAUUGGAGGUUACUGGGCCUACAUGCAAAGGCAGCUGGCAGAACGAACGGAAAAACUUGGCCUGGUAGGAGACAGCAUGGAAUCACUGGAGAAGAACUCGAGCAACUGGUUGGACGAUGUGAAUAAGUUCGUCUCGAAACAGAAGAGAGGUGCAGCGACUGGACUAAUCAAAGCGCGCUUUGGACUCUGA